AUGGGUGACUGGAACUUUCUGGGGAGACUAUUAGAGAAUGCGCAAGAACACUCCACAGUUAUUGGCAAGGUUUGGCUGACAGUACUAUUUAUCUUCAGGAUUUUGGUCUUGGGGGCCGCGGCUGAGGAAGUCUGGGGAGAUGAACAAUCAGACUUUACAUGCAACACACAGCAACCUGGUUGUGAAAAUGUCUGCUAUGAUGAAGCCUUCCCAAUCUCUCAUAUCCGUUUCUGGGUGCUGCAGAUCAUUUUUGUCUCCACACCAACCCUCAUCUACCUGGGCCAUGUGCUUCACAUUGUGCGCAUGGAGGAAAAGAAAAAAGAGAAGGAAGAAGAAAUUAGGCAAAGGGGAAAUGGCAAGGAUACCAAUACCAGCCACCUCAAGGAAUCGAAAGGAGAAGGGGGCAGUGAUGUUAGCAGCCACAACAACAACAGGGAUCCGCCUCCACGGAAAGAAGAGAAAUCACCACUCCGGGAUGAGCGUGGCAGGAUCCGGAUGGCAGGGGCUCUGCUGCGCACCUAUGUCUUUAACAUCAUUUUCAAAACUCUCUUUGAAGUUGCCUUCAUCGUGGGCCAGUAUUUCCUGUAUGGCUUUCAGCUGAGGCCACUCUACCGUUGUGGCCGCUGGCCCUGCCCAAAUAUAGUGGAUUGCUUUAUUUCAAGGCCCACAGAGAAGACUGUCUUCAUCCUCUUCAUGUUGGCUGUGGCCUGUCUCUCUCUGCUCCUCAAUAUGUUUGAGAUGUACCACUUGGGAUGGAAGAAGUUCAAGCAGGGCAUGACAAGAAGAUACAGCCGCGCAGCACCUAAUCUGACCACAGUCGCAUCCAUUUCCAAAGUGGAGGACUCCAAACCUCUUUCCUUGUCAGCUUUGUCUCCAGCUGCAGAGCCUCCUGUUGCCCCAGUCAUUCUGCCUGAAACCCGUACCAUCACCCCACUGGCUUUUCCUCAAGUCGAGCUGCCGCAUUACACUGAGGCUACCUCUAGGCCUCAGCUACCCUCUAUUACAACCUCUCUGGUUGGAUAUCCAAGUGAGCCCCCAGCUGGUGAAGGAAUGUGCAAGGCCACUGUGCACACCACAGUCUCGACACCUAUAGCAACCACAUCUUCCAUCCCUACCCCUUCCCCUGUCAUCAGCUCCUACUUCAACAGCCACACCCUGGCUCAUAAGCAGAAUUGGGCCAACAAUGCAGUCGAGCACCAGAGGAAAAUGCUGGUUUCCAGCUCGCUUGCUUCUUCCACCCCCAGCAGCCUUCAACGAUCCCAUCCAGAACAAGAGGAAAGCUGUGAACAUCCUCCACCUCCGCCUUCUUUGUCACCGGUUGCUGCCGCCAACAGCAGCAGUGUGAGCACCAGCUUGAGUGGGGGAAGCGGCAGCAAGUGGGAGGGAGAAGGUGAAGAAGACGAGCGGCCCAUGUCAGCCACGUGCACCCUGGUGGAGAUGCAUGACCCCCCUCUGCUCAUAGACUCACGUCGCUUGAGCAGAGCUAGUAAGUCAAGCAGCAGCAGGGCCAGGUCAGAUGACUUGACCAUCUAA